AUGGAUAACUGGGAGAGCAGCAGCGGUAAUAACUUCAUCCAGAAGCUGGACUUUUCAAGUUGUGGAGAAGACACUGAGUUGGAAGAAGACAAUAGCAUGCAAGAGGAAGAGCCAAGUCAUGUCACCCCUCAGAAAAACUGGGAGACUGGGAACUGGAGAGUAAACUGCCCUGUUCCAGUCACCCCGCAGAGGCCGCUGGAUGACCUUUCUUUCCCGAAAUCGUGGGCAAGUCCAGUGAGGAAAGGUAAGGAAUCUCUGAGGAAGAAACCUCUCCCUUUGGAAGAUUAUCCUGGGACGCCGCUGCACUACAUCACCUGGCAAAAGCUCCAGCUCUGUGACACCCCACACACUCCAAAGAGCCUCUUGUCCAAGACAGCUUUCCCUUCACCUGUGGGAAAGUUCCCCUCCAAAGGGAUGAGGAACCUGAGGUUCACUUCCUGCCCUGACUCCGAGGAAACUCCCCCCGCUUCCUUAGUUAACAUUAACCCCUUUACACCAGAGUCUUAUCGGCAAAUGGUUUUCCAUCCCAGUGGCAAGAGGAAAGCCAGAGGGGAGCUGGAUGAUCCCAGCCAAAAAGAGAGCCAGGUGGAACCAGGGUUGCCAGCCAAGAGAUUCCUCUUACGUGAGAGCAACAUGGUUUCCCGCUACAAGAAGGAAUUCUUGGAGCUGGAGAAAAUAGGAGUGGGGGAAUUUGGCUCCGUGUACAAGUGCGUCAAAAGGCUGGAUGGGUGCGUCUAUGCCAUCAAGCGCUCCAAGAGACCCCUUGCUGGUUCCUCAGAUGAGCAAAUGGCUUUGCGGGAAGUCUAUGCCCAUGCUGUACUCGGCCAUCAUCCCCAUGUUGUGCGUUAUUACUCAGCUUGGGCAGAAGAUGAUCACAUGAUCAUUCAGAAUGAGCACUGCAAUGGUGGGAGCCUUCAAGAUGUGCUUUUGGAAAAGGCAAAUACAUCAGAUUAUUUCAAAGAAUCUGAGCUGAAGGAGAUCUUGCUGCAAGUUUCCAUGGGACUGAAAUAUAUUCACACUUCUGGCCUGGUUCACUUGGACAUCAAACCCAGCAAUAUCUUUAUAUGUCAUAAGCUGAUUGGGCCUGCUGGUCAGGAGGAGAGCGACAGUGAAGACGACGGCUUUGCCUCUUCUAAUGUGGUGUAUAAAAUUGGGGACCUUGGACAUGUGACAUCCAUAACCAAUCCCCAGGUGGAAGAGGGUGAUAGCCGAUUUUUGGCGAAUGAAGUCUUGCAAGAGCAAUACUGCUACCUGCCCAAAGCAGACAUCUUUGCCCUUGCAUUGACCAUCUCUCUGGCAGCAGGCUGUGGUUCCCUGCCUACCAACGGCACCCUGUGGCAUCACAUCCGCCAAGGCAACCUUCCGCUAAUCCCUCAGCAGCUGUCGCGGGGCUUUGCAGAACUGCUCAGUCUGAUGAUUCAUCCUGAUCCAGUUGUGAGGCCAUCAGCCACUGCACUAACCAAACACUCCGUCCUCCGGCCUUCUCUUGGGAAAGCUGCCCAGCUUCAGGAACAGCUGAAUGUGGAGAGGUUCAAAAUUGCCAUGCUGGAAAGAGAGCUGAGAGCAGCCCGUCUUGCCCAGAGCUUCAAAAAGGAUAAAUUUUUGGAAUGUGCCCGGCCUCAAGAAUCUGGAGCCAACUCAAAGCACCCAAACAGCAAGAAGCGUCUGGUUGGAGGGAAAAAUGCGCGGUCGUUUAGCUUUACUGCUGGUGGCUUUUGACGGUUUAGGCUCCUCAAAUCACUGAAAACACACCCCUUAGAAACAAGAGACACCUUCAGAUUUAAGGGACUGUGUUUUUACUUCUUCCAUCAUGCGAUCGUCAUAGUACUAAAUCUGGCUACCUGUAAGACAUAGUUGCUACACAUCACAUUACAACAUAAUCUCUUUUUAAACCUGUCUGUCGCUUCCUUUUGCCUGAAACGAGUGGGUUUGUUUUCCCUCCCAGGAUUAUCAGAAGAGUGUGCAACUUUAUUUCCUUUCUCUAGCUUUUAGGUUAUCCUGUGUUUUCAAGACCUCGUGUUUUUCACUUUAAAAAACAACACACGCACCCUAGCUAUAUUUCAAAUGGAAUACUAUUCAGGCAGCAGUUGGCUUGUUCUUCUUGCAGUUGGGGAGGGCCCUGCCAUCACUAACAUUUAAGUCCCACCUGGAGAUCCAGAGAAAGUAACCAAUGCAAAAUAUGUAUUUUAUAUUCAACAGACCUAAUGAACACGAUCCUUCUAAAAUCAACAGGUUAGCCCUACUGCCAACGGGGAUUGAAUAAAACGAGUCUAUAUUUGGAAACAUAUUAUUUUUUCCAUGAGCAAUAGCAGACAGGAUACAGCCUGGCCUUGAUGGCUGUCUUUUUUUGUGUCCAGGAUAGAGCACCUGCUGUUCUUAAUGUGGGUGGCUGAUAAUACUGACAGGUAAAGGUUUGAUCUGUAUUUUUGCCAAGUGUCGUCUGGGAUGGGUGGUGAUGUUUCAAGCACAUUGGAAGGGAAUUAUAAGUGCUUUUUAGAACGCCUUGAUGUUCUGGAGAUUAUGUUAUGUAAAGUGUUCAUAAAUAAAAUAAAGUAAACCUUAUGCCCCUGUCGAAGUGUUAACUCCUGUUGUGGUUUUCCUGAACACAAAACACUGCUUUGUUGACUAGCCCAGUCAUGAAGACUUGGUCAAUUGCAGCAGUGUUU